CCUUCACCUAAAAGGACUCAGGAGCUAGAUCAGCAGUUGGAUCCUAACCCUCAAUCGAAUAGCUUGCAGAAACUCGACAAAUCCAAAAUGAACAUACCAGUUAUCGAUUUUAGUCUGUACAACCUGGGAGAAAAUAGUGUUUUAGACGAGCACCUUGUCGACUUGGGCAGGCAAUUAAAAUCCUCAUUUACAGAAAUUGGUUUUGUUUAUCUGAAGAACACUGGGAUUACACCAGAAGAGGUUGAACAAGUUAUGGACAUCUCCAAGACGUUUUUUCUCCAACCAGUGGAGUUGAAGUUUCCUUUCCGCAGCAAGACUUUUUCUAAUUGUCGUUACCAUGGCUGGAUCUCUUCAGAGACUGAAAGCUUGAAUCCAGAUCGUCCGGGAGAUUUAAAAGAAGCAUUCAACGUGGAGACUUUCUGUAAUGAUAUACAUUGGCCCUCGCCUGCGUUCGAGGACCGACAGCUCUCUUUCUACCAGCGGUGUCGGUAGCUGUCUCUGCGUGUGCUGAGGGUGAUGGCCAUCGGUCUGGGUCUGGAGCCAGAGGUUUUCCUCCAUGCUCACCGCCACAUAGGAGGUGAGAAGAACAGGACCACCCUGCGCUCUCUAUAUUACCCACCAGUCAACAGUGAGCUGGUGAAGGAGGGCCAGCUACGCUGUGGGGAACACUCAGAUUACGGCAGCAUCACCCUGGUAUUCCAAGGCCAAAUUGGAGGCCUGCAGGUUCUGAGUCCUUCAGGUGAGUACAUCCCAGCACCCUGCAUACCAGGAACGGUCCUGAUCAAUAUCGCUGAUUUGAUGCAGCGUUGGACCAGCGACCACUUCAUCUCGGCUAUCCACCGGGUUCUGCUUCCCCCUGCCGGUGACUCCAAUACUCGUCAAUCUCUGGCUUUCUUUGUAGCGCCAGACGACGACUACCUCAUCACCUGCUGCGACGGCUCGACCAAGUAUCCCGCUGUUACGGCAGGGGACUAUUUAAACUAUCGCAUAAAUGAUCUUCUUGGGAAGAAGUGAACAUUUUCCAUUGUUGCCAAUUUAUACACGUUUGUUGCAUCACUGUCACAUUUAAUUUAAUUCCAACAGUUAAUGAAACAAAGUAUUGAUUUGUAUUUGUAUUCUUAUUUUUUGCGUAAUCGUUAGUGUAUUGCAUGAAACCCCGUGUAAAUAAUGCCACUAUAAUGUUAAAACAUUUGCCUUCGAAAUUGAACAUGUUUUCCUUGUGUUGCGAACUAAAUAUAUUGAAAGGGAAAGCUUCCUAACCUCAUUAAACUGUAAAGAAUAAUACUUUAAUAAACUGCAAUGAGAAUGAAUUAUA